ACGCGCAGCCGGGGCAGAACGUCAGGGCCCGAACAACCAGACGCUCGUGCUGAGCGGCAAGCUCGUGGGCUUCAACGCGAACGAGCCCAAGUGGACCCAGGAGGAGCUCCGCGAGUUCGCCGCCAUCUGCUCGUACAGGAUCCCGACCAUCUCGAUCAGCGAGAGCAGGAAGACGAUGCCGGACCCGAACCAGCACUACGUCGUGAGGCGGCCGGACGGCUCGGGCGCGGCGACGCAGGCGGCCAUGUUGCCGAACCUGAAGCUGACCGAGUUCGUGCUCGGGAUCGGGCCCACGAAGCCGGACAUGAAGCUGCCCAAGAAGAGGAUGUACUCCGACGUCGUGAUCGUGGGCAAGGACCGCGACUGGAUCCUGACGCAGUGGCUGUCCAAGGACGUGAUCAUGGAGCCGGUCCCGAGCACUGUCAGGAACAAGCAGGAGCAGGCGAAGAACAGGCAGAGCAAGCGCACGAUCAGCGUCAACUUCGCGAGGUUCGGGCUGCCCAUCAGGUCGUUCGGAGCCGUCUUCAACACCCUCAACCAGAACAUCGGGGGGCUGAUGGACUCGCUCGUGAUCACAGACGGCUACUACUGGAU